AUGGCUUCUGGCAAACUCGUGAGCCCUUCGUCCAUUGGGCACUUCGGUAUCCGCACGACCCCGGACAAGUUCGACGCCAUGGUCGAAUGGCACCUCAACUUCUUCGGCGGCCAGCUCAUCCUCCGCAACAAGCACGCCGCGUUCAUCGCCUUCGACGAGGAGCACCACAGGCUCGUCAUCGUCGCGGACCCCAAGCACACCGUGAACAACAAGCAAACGGGGACGGGCGUGUACCACAUCGCCUUCACGCUGGACAGCCUCGCGGAUCUGGUCACGAGCUACGAGCAGAAGAAGGCCCUGGGCAUCGAGCCCCAUUGGCCUGUUAACCACGGCAUGAGCACCAGCAUGUACUACUUUGAUCCGGAUGGCAACGAGUUCGAGCUGCAGGUGGACAACUUCAAGACGGCGGACGAGGCGCGCCGCUUCAUGGAGACGGAGGAGUACGCGCGGAACCCCAUUGGCGUCGAUAUUGUUGUGGAGGAUCUCAUUAGCAGGGUCAAGAGCGGCGAGGACGAGGAGAACAUCAAGAAGAGGCCGGAGAUUGGGCAGCGAUUGUCGCGGUGGGAAAACUCCAUCUACUUCAAAGAACCUGUUGCUAGUAACUAG